CAGGGGGUGGGCUGGCCCGGAGUCAGCAUUUCUCCGGCAAAUACAUGAGCGGCCGCUGCGGCGGCGGGAGCCCCAGCCAUGAGCUGAUGCCUGCCCGGGGACAGGAGCCUUUUCCUGCAGUCGAGUUCGCCGUUUCCCUGGUGGAGAAGAUGCAGGCUCAGGAAAUCCUGCGGAGCCUGCGGCUCCCCGAAUUCGAUGACCUCAGCCAGUUUUUCCGUAACCUGCCGGCCACGGCGCUGGUGGGCAUCGGUGCCUUCGCCGCCGUCGUGGCCUACUGGUUCGCCAGCCGGCCCCGGGCCGUGAAGCCGCCCUGCGACCUGCGGAUGCAGUCGGAGGAGGUCGAGGGCCUGGCUGGGGCACGCCGGUCGGUGAUCGGGGACAGUCCGCAGCUGCUGACACACUACUAUGACGAUGCCAGGACCAUGUACGAGGUCUUCAGGAGAGGGUUCAGCAUCUCAGAGAAUGGCCCCUGCCUGGGGUUCAGGAAGCCCAAGCAGCCCUACCAGUGGCUGUCCUACAAGGAGGUGGCUGAAAGAGCAGAAGCUCUGGGUUCAGGGCUUCUUCAGCAGGGCUGCAAGCCCUCCACGAAGCAGUUCAUUGGGGUCUUUGCUCAAAACCGCCCAGAGUGGAUCAUUUCUGAGCUGGCUUGCUACACCUACUCCAUGGUGGUGGUUCCCCUCUACGACACCUUGGGUCCCGGAGCCAUUCGUUACAUCGUCAACACAGCUGACAUUUCCACAGUCAUCUGCGACAAACCUGAAAAAGCCAGAAUACUCCUCGACCACGUGGAGAGGAGAGAAACACCGGGUCUGAGCUCCAUCAUCCUGAUGGACCCCUUUGAGAAGGAGCUGACGGAGAGAGGAAGGCGCUGCGGGGUUCGCAUCCAGACCAUGCAGGAGGUGGAGGACUGUGGCCGUGAGAGUCGGCACGUGCCUGUGCCUCCUCGACCAGAAGAUCUCUCGAUUGUGUGCUUUACUAGUGGCACUACAGGAAACCCCAAAGGUGCUAUGCUGACUCACGGGAACGUGGUGGCUGAUUUUUCAGGCUUUUUGAAAGUGACGGAGAAAGUGAUCUUUCCGAGACAGGACGAUGUGCUCAUCUCCUUCCUGCCUCUGGCUCACAUGUUUGAAAGAGUCAUACAGUCCGUGGUGUAUUGCCAUGGAGGGCGCAUCGGGUUCUUCCAAGGAGACAUUCGUCUCCUCUCUGAUGACAUGAAGGCCUUGCGUCCAACCAUCUUCCCCGUCGUGCCGCGGCUGUUGAACAGGAUGUAUGAUAAGAUCUUCAGCCAGGCAGACACGUCCCUCAAGCGCUGGAUCCUGGAAUUUGCUGCGAGACGGAAAAAGGCUGAGGUUCGAAACGGGAUCAUUAGAAACGACAGCCUGUGGGAUAAACUUUUCUUUAACAAAAUACAGGCGAGUCUCGGCGGCUGCGUUCGUAUGAUAGUGACGGGGGCUGCCCCCGCGUCUCCCACCGUCCUGGGCUUCCUCCGCGCCGCCCUCGGCUGCCAGGUUUACGAAGGUUAUGGCCAAACAGAAUGCACAGCCGGAUGCACCUUCACCACCCCGGGUGACUGGACAUCAGGUCAUGUAGGAGCCCCUUUGCCCUGUAACUUAAUCAGAUUGAAGGAUGUGGAGGAGCUGAAUUAUUUUGCUUCCAAAGGAGAAGGAGAGAUAUGUGUGAAAGGACCCAAUGUUUUCAAAGGUUACCUGAAAGAUGAGGAGAAGACAACUGAAGCACUGGACCAGGAGGGUUGGCUUCACACUGGGGACAUCGGGAAAUGGUUACCGAAUGGGACUCUUAAAAUUAUUGAUCGGAAAAAGCAUAUAUUUAAACUUGCUCAGGGAGAAUAUAUUGCACCGGAGAAGAUAGAGAAUAUCUAUAUCCGCAGUGACCCUGUCGCUCAGAUCUACGUCCACGGAGACAGCCUGCAGGCCUUUCUGGUGGGGAUCGUGGUGCCUGAUUCCGAAGUCAUGCCGGGCUGGGCAAAGAAAAGAGGGUUUGAAGGAACGUACGCAGAACUCUGUAAAAAUAAGGAGCUGCAGCAAGCGAUAAUGGAAGACAUGGUACGGUUAGGUAAGGAGAGCGGACUCCAUUCCUUUGAGCAGGUCAAAGCCAUUUAUAUUCACUCCGAUAUGUUCUCAGUACAAAACGGUUUGUUGACGCCAACGCUAAAGGCAAAGAGACCAGAACUGAGGGAUUACUUCAAAAAACAAAUAGAAGAGCUAUAUUCAAGCAUCUCCAUCUGAAAUCACAAGGAAGAACCUUCUGAAUAAUGGACUUCGUAGCAAUAUUAGAAUAAUACUCAAAAGUACAGAGCCAGAAUGACACAGCUGAAAUGGAUAAGCAUCUGAAUCUUACAUUUGAGCCUUUCAUUGUUCUAGGACUUCACCACUAACCAUAUUUUUCCUUCUUUUUUCCAUCAGGUGUGAUACAAUUUAUUUUUUACUUUAUGUACACAGUAGGGUACUACUAAGAAUUAUGCUAAAUUGCCAUAAAAUAUACAGAAAUUUCAGUCUAUGACCAAGUAAAUUAUGGAAACUUACCUUGUUAAUACCUAAAAACAUUUCUAAUUAAAAUAGGGAAAAAUUUCAGGUAUGUCUGAUAGUAUUUGAUUAUAUAUAACCAAAUACAUUAGAAACUAAAAUUAUGGAUAAUUCAGUAAUGUGGUCUACCUCAAUCAAUCAGUGAUGGAUGGUGAAAGUCUGUUUUCCCUGAUCUGGAAACUUCAAGCUGGAUAUUGGUUUAUAUAUUAAGUGAUAGUUUUUAUAUUUUCCAGGACGUAAAUUCCAUGGAUUUGAUUUAACCAUUGAUGACCUAACUAACAACCGGAAUAGAAAUAGGAACGGAUCUCCCUCUUUUUGUACUUAAUAGACCUAUUAGUAUGUUACAUCUAACGGAUUAGCAUUACCUUGAAAUUACAGGAACGGGUUAGGAAGCGAUAGGAUAGGAUUCCCUCUCUUUCCUUUCCAUCCAAACUCAGUCUGCACAUGGCAUGCUGAUUUUUGCAUUAGGGCCUCCUUCAGCACAGAGCACUCACGGGCAUCCCAGCUGCUCCCACCCAGAAGGUUGCAGAAGCAUCCCUGGCUCUGGGGGAGCUCACCUUAACCCGCACCCUCCCGCUCCCUAAUUUAUUACUUUACAUGCUGCUAAUACCGCGUAGUCCAGUUGGACUAACUCCCUGCCAGAAACAGUGCUAAAGAAAAAGGAGCACAAAGGAAUACACGCUGCGAUUCUGGACGGGGCUUGGCACAACAAAUUGGGUUUUUUCGGGAGAAAGGCCAGGCUGGGAUGCAGCAGGGGAGGGCAUCCUUCGGCUGGCCAAGGAGGAGGAAGAAAUAUGGCUCCGAAAAGCCCCCGGGAUGGGCAAAAAGCUGUGUUGGAAGGUGUGGUGGUGUGGUAAAACGUUGGAUGUGGUUGCAGAAAAGCCUGCUGAGAAAACAUCCCCACGUUCAGAUGUCUGGAAGCCCCAGUUCCCACUGUCACCACUUCCAGUUGGAAUAAAGAGCAAGGAGUCUGGAUGAAACCUGGGCUUUCGCAACCAGCUGCAGGAGAUAAGUCCCAUGUGGAACAGGAAGGGACUCCAGAGCUCUCUCCUGAUACAAAGCACGGUACAAAACACUGAGAAGACUUGUCACGCCGAGUCGCUUGAAUACUUGGGACAGUCGGGUGGGUUCCUUCUGCUAAACAGGGUCCUAAAUGUAUAUGUGUAUUUUACUAGCUGCUGCUCGGUGCACCAGUGCGUACUAGCAUGGAGCUGUGCCUGCUAGAUCUUCUUUGCUAGGACAGUGAAAGCACACUUAAUUUCUCUCUUAAACUGGAAUCCACAGUAGACUUUUGAAGCUCAAAGUUUAAAUUUUUAAAUCUAAGUGACCUCUUAUUUUCCCUCUGAAAUUCCAUUGCAUGCUUCAAAACGAAAUAAAUUGAAUGAAUGAGUUAGUGUUACACAAAGACUGAUUUAUUACAGUAAUUUCAGAACAAAACGAUACAAAGGAAGACAUAAUUUAACCGCUCAUAAAAAGAACAUAGUGAUUUGAUUUAUCAAACGAGGAAGGAUUUGUCUGAAUCCCAUUUUUGUGCUCGAUUCCUCAUUCGCUUCCAGCGCAAUGACUCAUAUCAGUCCAAAGCAAAUAAGAAAUACUGCUCCUGUGAUCUGAUGGCAUCGCACAGUUAUUUUUCACUCGUGUGCACAGCAACGAUAUCCCUGGGGAAUUUGCGGCUGCCACGUCUACGGAGGAUAGGAAUUACUGGAUAAAAUCUGGCUCUCUAGGUCAAGUCAUAAAGGAUUUUCAUCUCUGCGGAGUCUAGUUCAUCUCCUUUUUGUAUCAGCCAAAAGACAGUCAUUCCAUACGCACGCUUGAAAGCAAUGAAGAAUUAGUCCAAUUUCCUGUUUUAAUGUGACAUAUUUUUAAA